CCAUUGUCUGAUUCAGUUCUGUGUUCCUCACUUCUACAGCAUAUCUAGUUCUGUUUGUCAAGCUAGACCUGGUGGACGGUUUGGUGUGAGCCCCGUUCAAUGGACGUCCAUGGCCCAAGAGCAGCCCGGUGUCCACGGUGUACGAUGUACGAAACAGCAGCACCAGGAUGAUUAUCCUCAACAACAAACUCUCCAAGAGGCCCAAAGGGUCAAGGUUGAGGGGACAAUCUGACCACCAGGGAGAAAUCAUGCAGCCGGAGCCUAAUCGCCACAUAUCAGAGGAGCCCAAGACCAACUGCCACCACCACAAGAACUGCACGCUGUCCGUGUCCGAGAAGUUUGUGCCCAUCUUCCCCCCCAGCGUGUCGCCGAGCCCCGCCUGGGUCAACAACAACCAGAGGCCGCCCAUGAGGUUUGACAAUGGUUCGCUGGUCAACCCCAAUCACCACAUUCAAUGUCAAGGUCACAUGGACUAUGACAUUAUGCGCUGGUACAACGCGAACCGUCGCCCACGUAGCCGAGUGUCGACUGCUAAAGAGGACCGGUCAAUGUCGCCCAUUCUGAACGGGCCGGGGCUGUCGCGGGGGGAGAAGCGGUACCUGACCAGCAUCGCCAAGAUCUACAGCGUGAGCGACAUGAGGGCUCAGAAACAGGAACAAUACACGCAGCUGAUGUGGAAGGAGGUCAAUAAAGGCACGUACAAGUACCGGGACUGGGAGAAAUAUAACCGUUACCUGGCCACGCCGCGCAAAACACAGUUCGGCCCGUGCGAUCCUAACAGGCAGAGUCGCUCACUGUCUGCGCCAGGAGGCCGCAAGCCGAGUCAGAGCCGAGACCCGGACGACGAGUCGAGACCCAACACCACCCAGACCACCACUAAGCCCAAUAGAUCAGCGAGAGAUGCCCAGUCAACAUCCUCCUCCAGAGGUCAAAGGCCACGAGAGAGACCCAACGAGAGGAGAGCAGUUGGCAGACAAAACUCUCAAGACACCGGAGCCAAGAAAUCUGGCAAAGCUCGAGGUUCAGGGGACUUGACGGGAAAAUCUGCCCGGGUGGAGUCCCCGAUGCCGCUGAAGUCUCGCGACGCCCUGGCCCCGUCGCCGUCUCUGUCCAGUUUGUCUGACGCCGGGGACAACCAGGAAGACUCCAAGAGGUCGGAACAGAAAGCUAAAACUUCCCCCGUAGUCGACUUGAAACAUUCGAAAGAGACGAAAGACACCAAGGCUGAACCCCAACAGAAAACUCAGCCGGAAGAUGAAACCCCCCGGGCUACCGACGUAACGAUAACGGUGGAGGAAGUGCAUGACAGGUCGCUAGGAGAUGAGGAUGAGAGGUCAAAGAUUUCCGCCAGGGACACCCACGAACAACGAGGCAACGCAGUCGAGUAUCAUCCGACGUACGGAGAUAUCGGGGGACAGGACGAGAGGUCGAGAGAAAAGGACGGGUCGGAGCAGGAGCCUCGGACAUCCACAAAAGAAACGUACCAGCCCGCCAAGAGUCCCAGCAAAUUGGAAGAAAGUAAGAAGGAAGAAAAGAAAGGAACAGAGCAGCCGAAGCAACAGGCAACAUCUGGGGAGAAAGGGGAAGGGACGGGCAAGAAGGGGGUCGUUGCUACGGCAACGAGCAGUGUGGAAGCUAAGCAGAGUGUGGAGGAGAAGAAAGAGAAAGGUUCUGAUGGCGCUCAGGACACGUCUGGGGAGCAAGAUGGGGGAGACUCGUUUGCCGAGGAUGGACCAGAGCUGAAGCAACACGUACACAGGGAAGGCAAAGACAGACCUUUGUCGCGACUUGGCGGGAGAGAGCAGCUCAUGGUGGUCAAGAAAGAAAACGAGAACUCGGACGACGACUACUCGGACGACGAUGAAGAGUCUCACAGAAGCCGAAGCAAGGUGGAGGAGUCAACAGACCAGGCCCGGGGCGGUCACACAGAGCCGAACCAGACGACACAUGACCAGAAAACUGACGGCCGGGACAAUGGUGCUCUCGCUGACAACAGCGGCGGCGUGCGGGGUGGUCAAGACGCGUCACAGCCACACACAGACGACCACUACAGCGAAGGAAGUUCCAGACCCACGGAGGAAAGCAACACAGGGGGUGCCGGGGGCUCAGGCAAGCUCGGGGAAACCGUCCAGCCAGCGACACCGACGGAGGCUAGCAGUGUGAGUCAGGAGAAGCCGAGCGAUAUCUCAACCAUCGAAUACUAGAUCUAGACCAUUCUCCAACUUUUUUUAUCAUUGUUUACACAGGGUACAAUCUGAAAAUAGCAUGUUCUGUCAAUGAUUUAAUGAUAUGUAGACAAGUUCUGUCCAUGGUUUAUGAUUUAAUGAUUUAUAGACAUGUUCUGUUAAUGAUUGAAUGACUUAUACAGAGUUGACACCCAGAAAGAGUUGACAGAUACAGAUCAAGGCGAGGUAUACAGUCAUCCACUGAAAUACAUACAUCAUCAAGAACAUGGACAAUUACUGACUUUUCACUUAGCUUUGACUUGAAUAUGAGGAGAAAAUUGUCGAAAGAGGUGAGUUUGAGUCUAACAUUAACAAUGUCACAGACAAGACAGAACCUUUACAGGAGGUUUGAGCUCCAGCACAUGGUGAGGAUCUGAAACAUGUUAGGCAUAUGUGGUCACUUUUAAGGACAAGCGGGCUAACAGAUUUCGGGGGUUUCCAGAAAUCUUGACCUACUCCAAAA